GCCCCGUCCUCAUCCCGGCCCCGUCCUCUCAUCCCCCGCUCCGUCCCGCUCCGCGCCGCGCCGCGCUGAGGCACCACCAUGGCUGUUCUCUCCAAGGAAUAUGGCUACGUCAUGCUCACCGGGGCUGCCAGCUUUGUCAUGGUCAUGCACCUCGCCAUCAACGUGGGCAAGGCCCGCAAGAAAUACCGUGUGGAGUACCCAACCAUGUACAGCACAGACCCUGAACACGGGCAGAUAUUCAACUGCAUCCAGCGCGCACACCAGAACACAUUGGAAGUCUACCCUGCCUUCCUGUUCUUUUUAGGCACUGGUGGGCUCUACCACCCGCGAUUGGCCACAGGGCUUGGCAUGGCCUGGAUCUUUGGGAGGCUCCUCUAUGCCUAUGGCUACUACACAGGAGAUCCCAAAAACCGAAGGAGAGGGGCUCUUGGUUCCGUGGCACUCCUUGGGCUGAUGGGCACAGGCAUCUUUUCAGCCUGCCAGCACCUGGGCUGGAUCUGCCCACACAGCUGCAGAAGCUAAAAGGACUUUUCUUCUGUUUUCUUUUAGAAUACUUGGCUUCCUGUGCUUUUUUCCUUUUCUUUCUCAAUAAAAGGAAGUUGUCUAUUCUGUAUUUUCA